CGCCUGUGAGAUGAGGGAAUUGAGUUGGACACCCGCCGAUCACAUCCGAAGCCUGAGGAAUUUCCCCGCGUUUAACCCCGCAGAAUUGGCCGGUGGAGAGUGAGAAGUGGAUGAAGGAAGUGGAUUUGAUUUCUCCUCCUGGAUCUUUUAGGUGAAUGCUGACGGGCGAAGGAUUCUAGCUGUUCCCCUCCUGCAGAAUCACGGCCAACCGUUGCAUUCUCCUCCCCAGUCGGUCAACUCGGAUGGGGCGAAGAUGCCCUAACUCUCUUGAAUAACUGCAAAAUCACCGAGCUGGUCUGUUCCCAGCCUCGGCUCUUCACGUGUUGCGCAUUCUACAUGCAGUGGUUCUGCUAUUCUUGGGUUCUCCGGGGAUCCCUGUCUUGCUAUCGGCUGACCCUGGGAUCCUUGUCCACGAGGAAGGUCUUGCAUAGUGACCGUGACUGACAUGUCUCCGGCUGCCUAGAACAAGGGUCAUCCUCGUCUAUUCUGGCCGACAAGCUAAGAAUGAUACGAUGAAGAAUGGUCUCCAACCGAGGAGCCACAUGGAUGAUCCUGAUGAACGAGAAAGAGUAGGAGAACGGAUCAGAGCAGCCAAGCAAGGGAUGAACAUGCGCAGGAACGCCAGUGAAUGAACUAGUCAGCCCGCCAUGUAGAUAUAGAUCGACCUGGUCCCCCCUCUCCAAACGAGGAGUUCUUCUUUUCUUCACCGCGAUCAGGUCUCCACCCGGCAUCAUGAUCUUCAUCUCUUCUUUUCUCCUGUCUUUGCUGGUCGUCUCCCCGGCCCUCGCGGCGCCUGCCAAGCGCGCCGCACCCACCGUGACCAUCGCACACCCCGAGGCUACCAUUGUGGGGAGCUCGGGGUCUCGGGUUGAGAGCUUCAAUGGUGUGCCGUUCGCGCAGCCGCCGACCGGGUCGCUGCGAUUGAAGCCGCCUAAGCCGAUAGAGUCCUCACUGGGCACCGUUGAGGCGACAGGCAUCGCCAUGUCAUGUCCGCAAUUCUUCUUCUCGACGGACAACACCGAAUUUCCCGGCUCGGUGGUGGGCAUGCUCGCCAAUAUUCCUAUCUUCCAAAAGGUCACCAACGCCGGUGAGGACUGCCUGUCCGUGAACAUUCGGCGGCCGGCCGGCACGACGGCAGACAGCAAACUGCCCGUGCUGGUGUGGAUCUACGGCGGCGGGUUUGAGCUAGGAUCGUCGUUCAUGUAUGACGGUGCGCCGCUGGUGCGCAGCUCCAUGGAUAAGGAUAUGCCGAUCGUGUUCGUGGCCAUCAGCUACCGCGUGGGCGGCUUCGGCUUCAUGCCGGGCAAGGAGAUCCUGGCCGACGGCGCGUCCAACCUGGGUCUGCUGGACCAGCGCGCCGCUCUGGAAUGGGUGGCCAAUAACAUCGGCGAGUUUGGUGGCGAUCCAGAGAAGGUAACCAUUUGGGGCGAGUCCGCCGGCGCCAUCUCGGUCUUCGACCAGAUGCUGUUAUACGGCGGUGACAUCGACUACAAGGGCAAGCCCUUGUUCCGCGGCGCCAUCAUGAACUCGGGCGGCGCCGUGCCGGCGGACCCGGUGGACAGCGCCAAGGGACAGGCGGUAUAUGAUAAGGUGGUGGACUACGCCGGAUGCGACUCAGCGAGUGACACGCUGGAGUGUUUACGCGGGCUGGACUACACAGACUUCCUCAACGCGGCCAACUCGGUGCCGGGACUGCUGAGUUAUCACUCGGUGGCGCUGUCCUAUCUGCCUCGACCGGAUGGCAAGGUGCUGACCGACAGUCCGGAUGUGCUGGGCAAGCAAGGGAAGUAUGCGAAGGUGCCGUUCAUCAUCGGCGACCAGGAGGACGAGGGCACGCUGUUCGCACUGUUCCAGUCGAACAUCACGACAACCGACGACCUGGUCGGCUACUUCGAGAAGUACUUCUUCCACGGCGCGUCGAAGGCACAGCUGAAGGAGCUCGUCAGCACCUACUCCAGCAUAAGCACGGACGGUUCACCGUUCCGCACGGGGAUAUUCAAUAAUUGGUAUCCGCAGUUCAAACGCCUGGCCGCCAUCCUGGGCGAUCUGACCUUCACGCUGACUCGGCGCGCGCUGCUCAAAUUUGCGCACGACGCGCACCCGGACGUGCCUAGCUGGUCGUACCUGUCGUCCUACGACUACGGCACGCCCGUCAUGGGCACGUUCCAUGGCAGCGACAUCCUGCAGGUCUUCUACGGCAUUCUGCCCAACUACGCGUCGCGGUCCAUUCACACGUACUACUUUAGUUUCGUGUACGAUUUGGACCCGAACGCGCGACGAGGCAACUUUAUGGAGUGGCCACAGUGGAGCGAGGACCAGCAGCUGAUGAACUUCAGGGCAAAUUCCGGACGGUUGCUGAAGGAUGAUUUCCGAUCGGAGGCGUACCAGUUUAUUCUGGACAAUGUGGAUUCGUUCCACAUAUAAGCACCUAGUGUCGGUCUCAGUAGCCGUUUUAUCGGCUCGCUUAGGAGGGAGAGACAAAGAAAGAUCAUGCAAGCGAAGUUCUGCAGGUCAGGCGGGGAUGAUUGACAGGGGACGGCGAUUCCCCGGGAAUAUUAUAGAUUAGUGGCUGCAGGCAGAGGCGAUGAUUGGCG